CCCAGGCCAGGGAGAUCGCUCCCACGCCCCGCUGUCCCCUCCCCUGAGUCGCAUGAGCUGGGAGCUCCUUUCCCUCUUCCCCUCCUGCUCGGUGCACGACGUGGGAAUGGCUCCGCGGCCAGACGGGAACAGCUCUCUGCCCUCGUGGCCAUAUGUCCCCACCCUGGCACCCAGUACUGCCAACGCGAGUGGGCUGUCAGGGGUGCCGUGGGCAGUAGCACUAGCGGGGGCGCUGUUGACUCUGGCCGUGCUGGCCACCGUGGGAGGCAACCUGUUGGUUAUCGUGGCCAUCGCGCGGACACCGAGACUCCAGACCAUGACCAACGUGUUCGUAACUUCUCUGGCCUCAGCGGACCUGGUGGUAGGACUCCUGGUAGUGCCACCGGGGGCCACCUUGGGGCUGACUGACCACUGGCCCCUAGGCGCCACUUGUUGCGAGCUGUGGACUUCGGUGGACGUGCUGUGCGUUACCGCCAGCAUCGAAACUUUGUGCGCCCUGGCGGUAGACCGAUACCUGGCCGUGACCAACCCACUGCGCUACCGCGCCCUGGUCACCAAACGCCGAGCCCGGGCAGCCGUGGUCUUCGUGUGGGUCGUGUCCGCCGCCGUGUCAUUUGCGCCCAUCAUGAGCAAAUGGUGGCGCGCAGGGGCCGACGCUGAGACGCUGAGUUGCCAGGCCAACCCGAGCUGCUGCUCCUUCGCCGCCAACAUGCCCUAUGCGCUGCUUUCCUCCUCCGUCUCCUUCUAUGUUCCACUGCUUGUGAUGCUCUUCGUCUACGCGCGAGUUUUCGUUGUGGCUAGGCGCCAACUGCGCUUGCUGCGUCGCGAGCUGGGCCGCUUCCCGUCAGAGGAGUCUCCGCCGGCUGCGUCUCGGUCUCCAUCCCCAGCCCCCGCGGGGCCGUGCGCUCCGCCGGCAGCGGCGCCCUCCUACGAUCGCAGGCCGGCGCGCCUCCUCUCUCUCCGGGAACACCGGGCCCUGCGCACCUUGGGUCUUAUCAUGGGUACCUUCACUCUUUGCUGGUUGCCCUUCUUUGUAUCCAACGUGGUGCGCGCCCUCGGGGGCCCCUCUCUGGUUCCCAAUAGGGCUUUCCUCGCCCUUAAUUGGCUAGGUUAUGCCAACUCUGCCUUCAACCCUUUCAUCUACUGCCGCAGCCCCGACUUUCGCCGCGCCUUCCGCCGCUUGCUGUGCGGCUGCCGGCCGGAGGAGCACCCCGCCGCUGUCUCGGCUUCUCGCACCCCUGCGCCCCUGACCAGCUCCGCGGAGUCCAGGCAGUUCCCACCGCUCGACAGGACUGAAACGGAGGAGGACGAGCGAGUUGUUCUCCACCCCAGCGUCCCGUGUGAGCGCCAGGAAAGUGCUGCUGUGCCCGAGGCCUCUGGCCUGCCUGGGCUUCCUGGGGGAUUUCUUAGGCCUUGAAGGACAAGAAACCACAGCUCCGUUGAUCCAGAACCCUUGGAAAGCUCUGGCCUCUGUUUAGAAUGAGCCCCGUGGAACUUCCCAACUGAAACACUCUGCCCUCCAGAACCUGGUGACUGGGCCACCUGAAGGGGAAGUGGGGACUGAGGGGGAGGGGAACCCUUACCGAGCAGGUUUUUACCAUUCCCUCUCUUUCUUUCUGAGAGAGGUUUCCUAAACCCCACCCCUGAACUUCACCAAUACCUCAGCAGCUGGAGAGUCCAGCUGCCGGCGCUCAGCUGCGUUCUCGGAGGAGUGGGGAUAGCUUGGGCCAGCACCUUGCUCACUGGUGUGCGUGUGCUUAGGGCAGGGAGAGCACCCCUCGUUCUCUACCUAUUGCCCGCACCCCCACCCUGCCCCCCCAAGACCUGAUGAACCAGUGUUCUCUAGGCUCGGCAGCCCAGGCUGAGAGCAG